AUGAAUCAAACACUUGCAGAACCGAGGGCUCCUGCACCGUCGGCUCAAUCGAUGACCUCGCCGCCUGCUGGUUCAUACGUCCCAAGGGUUGAACUUGGAGGACCAUUGCCUUCGCUAUAUCAACCGGCGAAUGAACAUCAGCCUCAGGGUGAAAGAAACAUAGACACCACUGGACAGGUAGCCCCCCCUGGGUUCAAACCACGGGUUACGGCAACGCUGUGGGAGGACGAAGGGUCUUUCUGCUUUCAAGUUGAGGCUCGAGGCAUUUGUGUGGCGCGGCGAGAGGAUAACCAUAUGGUCAACGGCACCAAGCUGCUCAAUGUUGUUGGCAUGACCCGAGGCCGAAGAGAUGGCAUCCUGAAAGCCGAAAGAGUCCGGCAUGUGGUCAAAGUCGGACCUAUGCAUCUGAAAGGCGUAUGGAUACCGUUUGAAAGAGCAUUGGAUUUUGCCAACAAAGAAAAUAUCACGGAGAUGCUGUAUCCAUUGUUCGUAAAUGACAUCGGUGCGCUACUCUAUCAUCCCACAAACCAGGCCCGAACGCAGCAGAUCAUGGCGGCAGCGGAGCACCGGAAAAAGGAUCAGAUCCAAGUUGGCAGUCCAUAUCCUGGUGUUUCAGCCAUCCUGCAGUACCGGCAUAUGGGAACGUCUGAGCCACAGUCAUCAGGAGGACGACCAUCUCUUGACCGCGCCCACAUGUUUCCAACACCGCCUACAAGCGCUUCGAGCGUCAUGAGUGGCAUGGACCCAGGUCUUGGUAAUGCGCGCUCCAUGCCUGCAACUCCAGAAACAACGCCACCAGGGAGCCCACUACAAAGCAUGCCUUCUCCGUCCAAAACCACGAGACUCUGUCGUGAUGCCCAAGGAGUCUACAAUUAUGACAACUCCCGAUCAGCACACGAUGCCAUGGUUUCUAAUGCAAAGCUCUCGCCCAGUGCCACACAGAGUUCUGUGACAUUAAAGCAGGAGCCAAACUGCGGCGACAAGUUGCCCGACCGAGUUCCGGAUCAAACAAUGGCUGAUAAUACUGGCAAAGAAGCAGAUUUGCCAGCAAAUGAUUCGGCGGUCCAGCCCAAGUCUGGCAAUCCAUCAAAUUCUGAGACCGAAGUUCACUCUGUUUCUGCGCACAGUAAAGAGUACACACGGGCUCAGAAUCAUCUUGCCCGGCGGGCUUUUGAAGGGCGUACAAAACAGACCCUCGAGGAGCUUGAAAGCAACCUGACAGAACUCGAAAAGGUUUCAGAAACUGCGCAAAAGGACAGUAGCUCGCUCGGCGCACAGCUGGAGUCUAGGUCGCCUGGCACUAUAUCAACAUCAGCCUUGAGCGAAAGCGACUGCGAUGCCUCUGAUGGGAGCACCAAUCUCUUGUCUCGCGUGGAACAGGAGAGGAUUCUCCUCGAUCGACUCAUGCGCUACUUCUUCACCAUAUGGUCCACUUGUGAGUCUCCCAGUCCCAUUCGCCGAGCUGCUCACACCAGUGCCGGGAGCUCAGGGGGUUCCGGAGACCAAAAUUGUGAGAAUUUGCUUUCUGGCCAGAACUCGACUGGAAGUGCGAUAAAUACCGGGAAUCACAACAACCAAUCUCGAAAAAGAUUGCCAGAUGAGUCUGAAGAAAAUGAAGAUGCUGACCGCAAUCCUAAGAAGGCCCGCCUGACGAGAGAGGAUGGCGGGGCCUGCAAGAGACUCGCAUGUCCUUAUUUUAAGAACAACCCGCAACGCUACCAUGCCUGGAGGUCUUGCCCAGGUCCUGGUUGGGAAACAAACCAUCGUGUCAAGGAACAUCUAUAUCGAAACCACGCUCUGCCCAUCAGCUGCCCCCGGUGCCACACCACUUUCGAGUCAGAAAGGCAUCGAGAUGCCCACGUCCGGUCCUACGAACGAUGCGAGGUGCGGUCGCCACUCCAAACAGAGGGCUUCGAUGCGACGCAAAAAGAGCUCCUGAGACGUCGGCGUCCUGAGCAAAAGAAGAUGAGCGAGGGUGAUAAGUGGCGAGAAGUCUACAUGAUCCUGUUUACGGACACGGAUCCGACCAACAUACCAAGUCCUUACCACGACUAUUCGGAGCACUGCGCCUCCCCGACCAGUGAGUUUGAGCGCUACGAACAGUUUCUGCGCAGUCAACUACCAGCACGAGUGCGCCAACAACUCGAAAUUCGCAUCGCGGAGGCACUGAGCCCGGUUGAGGAGACGCUGCGGGAUCAGAUCGUUGACAUCUUCCGCGAUACGCAACUUGAGCUAUUCGACAUGUACAGAUCAUCUCGGAGCAGAGUUCCGGAGAGCAGUGUCGCGGGAGCAGGAGCACCGCCCCAAGUGAAUGCUGCGACGGUGCACAACGUGGUGGGCCAGGCGGCAAGCUGGAGCCUAGAUGAGAAACUACAGGCUGUUCGUCCGGAGCCAUACUUUGACUGGAAUUCUGAUGUCGGGCUCGAUGGUUUCGAUGGGCUGUUGUUUGGCAUUCCACAGUCGCAUGGAGAUGGAUAUGUUGACGAGGACUCGGCUUAUGGGACUUUGUCUAGCAGGGAAGAGUCUCAGUGUCCUCCAGGUGUUUUCCCGUAA